AAAAAAUAGAAGCAUCUCGCCGAAGGAGAGACAUGAAAGCGGAAGGCGGCGCCGGAGCGGCCCACGAGAAGGUGGCAAGCGGGGCGGGGGAGAAGGAGGACGCUUCCGGCACGGCGAGCACCAACGGAUCCUUGGGUUCGGCGAAGGACGGCCUCUCGGCCAUCAUGCCCGGGUGGUUCUUCGAGAUUAGCCCCAUGUGGCCAGGAGAAGCUCAUUCCUUGAAAGUGGAAAAGGUGCUGUUUCAGGGGAAGUCUGAUUACCAAGACGUGAUGGUAUUUCAGUCCUCCACGUAUGGCAAAGUUCUUGUCUUGGAUGGAGUCAUUCAAUGUACAGAGAGGGAUGAGUGUGCUUACCAAGAAAUGAUUACUCAUCUUCCUCUUUGCUCUAUUCCAAACCCUAAAAAGGUUCUAGUUGUUGGAGGCGGUGAUGGUGGUGUCCUGCGAGAAGUAUCACGUUAUUCUUCAGUGGAGCAAAUUGAUAUAUGUGAAAUUGAUAAAAUGGUUAUUGAUGUUUCCAAGGAGUUCUUUCCCAAAAUGGCUAUUGGAUAUGAAGAUCCUCGUGUGAAUCUUUAUGUUGGUGAUGGUGUUGAGUUUUUAAGAAAUGCUUCCGAAGGAACUUAUGAUGCAAUCAUUGUUGAUUCUUCUGACCCGAUAGGUCCAGCACAAGAGCUUUUUGAGAAACCUUUCUUUCGAUCAAUUGCUAAAGCUCUCCGUCCUGGUGGAGUCGUGUGUACUCAGGCCGAGAGCAUAUGGCUUCAUAUGCACAUCAUCGAAGAUAUAGUCUCAAAUUGUCGCCAGAUUUUCAAGGGCUCUGUCAAUUAUGCUUGGACUUCAGUGCCUACAUAUCCAAGCGGAGUGAUUGGCUUCGUGAUCUGCUCAACCGAAGGGCCAGCAGUUGAUUUCCGACACCCUGUAUACCACAUAAAUGAGGAUGAUCAUUCUCACAAAUCUGUGGGACCGCUAAAGUUCUACAACUCAGAGAUUCAUUCUGCUGCUUUUUGCUUGCCUUCUUUUGCGAAGAGGAUGUUCAAUUAAGACAAACUAAACAAGAGAUUUCUGAUGCGAUGUGACAAUUAAACCUUCUAUUCCUGUCACUAUAGUUGUUUGAGCAUGCGCAUGGGAGUUUUUGGCAUUCCAGUGUUAUCUAGGAAGUGGCAUGCUCACGUUUAUCAAAUUCCUCCCUGUGCUCUAUUGACUGUUUUCUCUUUGAUUUUUGUUUCAAACAAGUUAUCAAUCUAUUAAUGUCUUAUAUCAUUAUAACA